UUGACUUGUGAAGGAGGUCACAUUUUCACCCACAGCAACAGGACAGAAUGCUAAACACUGAGUCGUUAACCAAAAAGUCCCCCGAACCCAGUCUUUACUGCACCAUGAGCGCCUGUAGCUCUACUUCUGCCUUUGAGUUUGUUUUUCCAGAGAAGAUCAGUGAAAGUGCUGAGAGUUUGUGGAGUCUCAUCACCCAGAGUCACCUCAGAUUAAUAAACCUGCAGAGAGAGACAGAACGGGAGAUUUCACACGUCAGUCAACAAUUGACGUCAGUGCAACUGCAGAAAAAGGUCCUGAAUUGUGAGACAGCAGGCUCAGAGAGUCUACAGACUGACGCUGAACAUUUGCAGAGAAACGUAACCUCGGAGAUCAGCACUUGCUUUUGUGGGAGCAAGCGUGACCCACAGAAGUGUUUUGUGGGUAAAGCGGCCCACGCAGAGCAGCUUCAGUUUCGUGAGCAGGCUCUCGUCGCCCUGCUGAGCAUGCUCGGGGAAAACAUCCAGAGAUACAGAGAGGAAAGCAAUAAACUUGACCACCUGACCGAAAAACUGAGUAACGGGAUGCCAGGAAAGCGUCAGCUGGACGCUAGUAUGGAAGCAGACAGCAAAGACAUGUGUAGCUUGAAAAACACUGCCAUACUUUCAAAUGGACAUGUCGCCGUAACAACCAAGAACAUGGAGGACGAGAAGAAGAACUGGAGAGCCAAUAUGAAGGCAUCAUUGAUGCAUGUGACUAAUCUUACACGAUCAGGAAGUGUGAAAAACCUCAUCCACAAGUUCUCCACUUCUGAAAGCAGUGGGCACAUUACACCUAAUGUUUCUCCAUCACAGCAAGGAAGAGAUGGAACAGGAAACACAAGAGAGAGCGACUUUCCUGCUGUAACAGUAACGCCUCCUUCUGGAGAGUCAAACAAUGUUUGCAAUGGUCCCAAUACACACUCACACUCUGGCCGGCUUGAUCAAGAGAAUGGACCAACAAGCCCUGAGUCUGAGGAGGAGCCACUUACCCCUAAAGCGAUCCACAGCCCAAAGUACCAGAUGUUCCUAGGUGCCGAUCCGAUCCGAAACGGCGCUAGCGGACCAGGUGGACCCACUGAUACCAGCACCAGUACCAAUGGAACUCUUUCCAAAUCUAAUUUGUCCCAUUGGAAAUCAAUGGAGUCACUGACUGUGAGAGACUGGGACAGUGCUCCCAACAGGACUGUCAGUGGUGAAGUACCUCCCAGAGUUUUUAACAGCCCCUACUCAACCAUCUCACUGGACUACAACCCUGUAUGCCGAAUGUCAGAAUACAAGAUGCCGGAGAGGAGGUCUCCAACAACAUCUGAGAUGAAUUUAUUCACUUUAAACCGAAGCUCAAGUCCUGUGAGCCCCAUUAACGCUCCCCGUGCACGAUACUCUGUCUACGACACUCUCAGCCGAAGACAAGUGCAACAAGCCCCUCCAUCACAAUUCUUGCUGAGGAACAGUUUGCCCAGCAAACGGGAUUACAUUGAAGAGCUGACCAGACAGCUGGAAGAAUGUCAGAGAAGAAACCAGUUUCUGGAGGCAGAGAGCAUUGAGCUGGAGAAGGAAAGGACCCAAAUUCGUUUUGAGAUGCGAAAUUUGCUGGUGAAUAAUGAGGAUCUGCUACGUAUGAACACACAGCUCCAGACAGAACUGAAGAGGAUGAGAGAUAGGAUUGUUGAACUUGAGAGCGACAACAAUGUGAUGGUGGAGCGCUUCAAGCAGAUUGAUGUGGAACUGAAAGAGGCUCGAGAGGUUAUGGUGGAAGCAAACACUCAGGAAUACGCCUUUAACUUCCUGCAACAGUCACUCAAAAACAAAAUACAAGAUGCAGAGGAGGCUCUGGAGAAGCAGACCCAGCAUGCACAGGAGCUGUCUGAGAAACUGUGGCUAGCUGAGAGGAAUCUGGAGGAGAUGGAGAUUGAAAAAGAAGCCAAGGGAAAGAAAGCAGCAGAGCUCAACAGCACUGCAGAUAGACUGGAGACUGAGCUGGCAGAGGCUCUGCAGCAGGCAUCUCAAUCGAAUGCUGAGUUGAGUCUACAGCAGAAACUCAGAGUAGAUGCACAGCUGAGAGUGGAGGAGCUGGAGGAGUGUGUCCUGGAGAAAGAGCAGGAGAUUAUGCGCUUUCAGCAGAUCAUCAGCCGACUACAGGGAGAGGUCACAGAUAAGCUGAUGGAUAAGGAGCAGUCUCUAGAGGAUGAGAUCCAACUGAGGGAGAAAAUUCAGCUUCAGUGUAAACAGGCUGAGAGAGCAGUGGAGGAUUUACAAAUGGAGCUGAACACACUCAAACAGACCAGAGACGAUCUGAGCAAACAACUCAAACAGACACAGGAAAAGGUGAUUGAUCUGGAAACCGACCUGGAGGAGUUGCAGGAGAAUGAGCAAAGGCUCAUCACCAAACACAAGAGAGCAGUGGAACAGUUUGAACAGAUGCAGGUGAAACUGAUACAUGAGAAGGACCUUAAUGAUAAACUAGAGUGUGAGAAAGUGAUCCUGGAGAGACAGGUUCGAGAGCUACGGGGUGAAAUCGAGGAGCUGCAGAAUAACAGAGUUCAAGAACAUGUGAUCACUAAAGCAGAAACCAGAGCUAAAGAACUGGAGAAUAUGCUGAGAAUGGAGGAGAGAAGUAAAGUGGUGCUGAACAACACCAUCAGUAAGCUGGAGAGGAAAAUUAAUGAAUUGAGUGAGCAGAUGGAGGAGGAGCACAAGAUUAACAAUGAGCAGAAAGACCUGAUGACUCAGAGAAUGAGAUCUCUGAAGAGGCAGCUGAACGAGGCAGAAGAGGAGGCGAGUCGCCGCGAGGCUCAGCUCAGAUACACACAGCGAGAGUUAGCAGAGGAGAGAGAGUCCAGUGCUCGAUUACAGAAACAGCUGCUCGACCUGCAGCUACAGAUGAAGAGAAAGGAGUCAGUAUUGAUGAGGCAAACUCUGGAUAACUAUACCUUAAAGCUGGACUUGUCUGAUGAUGAAGAGGAGGAAGAAGAAAAGAAGCCUGCAGAGACCAUUUCAGCCCAGAACUGAGAGCGAGAACUAACUGGUGAAUGUAUAGAGAUAGUGAAUGUAGGAUAAAUAUAAGUUGCAAAAACAUUUACAGCAUUACAACAAAACUCCAACAAAACAAAUGUUUAACUUUUUUUUUUUUUUUUGAAAGAGGCACUUUUAAUAUUUGUGUCACUAACUUUAAUACCUGGGAUCUAACCAAUCUUUAUUCCUGGGAAAGGAAGCUUCUGUUUGUUGAUGGGUUAUUUUUAUAAUAGACCUUUACAUGGACAUUGUUUUAAGUCCAGAUAAUAAGCUUAACACUGUCUGCUAAAUGUUUUGCAGGGUUUAGAGGUAAAUAUGUUCUUGCUGCCAAACAUGUCACACAAAGUGAUCUUCAUAGAGCAAUGUGCAUGCCAUGCACUGUCUAUUUUUUAAUUGUAUAGAGGAAAGUCUUACUAUUUAACAUUUUUUCUUUCUUUUUUUCUGUCCUAAAGGUGUACAUGCUAUAAGAAUAAUGUAAAUACUUUUGCAAACAUUAACUAAUUAAUUUUUCAUUUUAGAAUAAAUUGUGUAAGGCUAGAAUGUUAAUGCUAGUGGUAAAAAAAAAAAAAAAAAAAUGAACAA